AUGACACUUUGUUUAUUUACUUUACACGAAGAAAGUUUUUGCUAAAAGAUCACACUCGUGAUCGAAAAUAACAAAUAAACAAAUUGAACAAUACAACGAAUAACAACAAUUCCGUAAACAACAUUGUGACCGAUUCACCUUGAUUACAGACAAAUAGCGGAUAAAUAAUGGCUGAUUCCGAAGACGGAGACCUCUUGGGAAUGAUUGAUGAAAAUUCCGAAGCUUCGUCCACUUGUGAUGCAUCGUUAACAUUCAAACAGGAAAGUUCGGACGUCGUUGGAUAUCGUGUCGUUCAUUUGCCCACAGAAAAGCAGGUGCCAACCACCGUGGUCACUCCGAAUCAGCAAUAUUUCGUGAUUCACGAUGCAAACGCUAUAUUCGUCAAUAAUCGAGUGAAUAAUCCGCGAAAGAUUGCACCGAAAACCGUAGACGCACAUCAGACACAACAAGUUCAAAUUGGCCCACCACCGGCAAAAAAGCGGGAUGAUCGACGGCGAGCUACACACAAUGAAGUGGAACGUCGGCGUAGGGAUAAAAUAAACCAUUGGAUCUUGAAAUUGGGUUCAUUGAUACCGGCAGACGGUCUACCAGGCGGAGAACGUGAUAGGGUCAAUGUUGUGAAUUCAGCUGUAGAAUCGAAGGGUGUCAUUCUUAGCAAGGCCUGCGAGUAUAUUUCGUCGAUGAAAAGCAAUUAUGAAGAUGUGAGCGAGUGCCUUAAAGCCAGCGAAGAAGUUAACAAUAAACUGCAAUCGGAAAACCAAUUCCUGAAGGAAUUACUCGAUAAACAUGGCAUUGCGUAUGACGUUGACGGCGAUAUUACGAUUUUAAGUUAAUUUAUAGGUCAGAGACUAAAAUGUGAUGAUUUAGCAUAAAGGGAAUAUAUGGAAAAGUUGUUGUACCACGGAUGAUGAAGUGCGUAAAGCUUCUGAUCAUUAUUUUCUGUUUGUUAAUAAUUUUUUGGAAAGACCGCGCUGUAGGAUGGAUAUCGAAAUUUUGAAUAUAUUUUUUCUUUGAAACGCCUAUUUCUUGUGGUCACUCGGGAUCUUGUGGUGACUCUGCAUCGUGUUUUGACUCAGGAUUUUAUGGCGACUCAGGAUCUUGUGGUGACUCAGGAUCUUGUGGUGACUCGGCACCUUGUGAUGACUCGGCACCUUGUGAUGACUCGGCACCUUGUGGUGACGCGGCACCUUGUGGCGAAACAUAUCUUCAAGCAUCCACACGUUUUUACGUCACACCAAGAUUCGAAUUUGCAUACUUUCCUGUGGGCCUAAAAUUCGUCUGUAAUAAUGUUCGUGCAAAUGAGCUCCUGGUAUCCGAAUAACCAUGGAAUGCUGGCAUUUUAUUGAUGAAAAAAUUAAUCGACUCAUCCUGAGCAAAACUGUCCACGUAAAAUCUCUGUCGCCUUUAGUUUAAAAAAAGUUCUAUUGGAACAGACCGAGGCAGAAAGUGUUCUUGGUCUUGCUUAUUGUUGUAGAAAACACUUCAAUCAAAUCAGACAAAAAAAAAACAAUUGAAAUUAAUAUUAUUUUGUGACACAAGCGAAAUGUUGAAUAGAAAAUAAAUUUGUUUUUUAUGUAUAUGAAAUGGAUCUUAAAAAUGUUUUAGGAAGGAAGGAAAGCCCAUUUGAUGUUAUUGUACAUGAACGACAUGAAUAAAUGCUGAAGAUUAUUAAU